CUAUGUACACACAAGAAGACACCAUCUUCAUGUUCAAAAUUGUAUGGUCUCUCUUCCUAGUGCACACAGAACAGAACCAUUGGAACAAUGAAGAAACAUUUAUCAGACAUGAGAGAAUGUUUUUGCUAAGCGCACUAGUACCGGGUUCUAAUAGAAGUUGAUUGAACUGAUCAAGGUAACAAAGUAAUUGACAAUUUUAACCUUCAUGGGUAAGUAGUCAUUUUCACCAUGCAAUUUUUUUUUGUCUAUGAUCACCAGUCUUUCAUUUUCAAAUCCAGUGACAAAAGAACAAAUCUGAGAAAGGUUAUGGAUUCAAAAGAGGGUCAUGGAUUUCUCAUAAGGGAGUCUCCGGUACCGGGGCGGCGGGUAUGUUCAUUGAAUGAAGCGAAAAUUGUUAAGGAUUAUGAUGUGCCAGAGCUUGUUGUUUUUCUGUAUGAGGAUCAUAAAAAGUUUGUGAAGGAUAUUUGCAUUGACAGAGGAGAUUCAACAAAAGGAAAGUGUGUGUUAGGAGAAUGUAGAUUGGAUCAAAACACACCAUGUUUCUCUGGCUUCAGAAGUGAUUCAUCCAAUUCAAGUAGAUCAGAAUUUACACCUACAUGCAUUAAGGAUGUGAAUGUGAACACAACUUAUGAGAGUUCAAGUGAACACCCCACAAGGAAGAAGACAUCAGAGGCACUAGGAGAGAUUUUCCGAGACGACGAGUUUUCGAGAUCUUUCAGUCUCAAGCAUUGGCAGAAGAAUGCAUUCUCAAGAACAAUUAGCAGCAGAAAGGAGUAUCCACAUUAUGCAGAGUAUCAACAAUUUCCUAAAGCCAAAAAUUUGUCUACUAUUCCUCUUAUAGGGAACUUACAAACUCUAACAAGUUCAGGAGAAAGCUUUGAUCUACAAACAGAUAAUGAUCCAGAUGAAACUUCUCGUGAUACUUCAAAAUCUGAAAUGGCUUCUCAUCAAUCUAAUGACAGUAGCAUAAGCAGUAACUCAUUCAGUUUUCCCAUAAUCUCCCCAGAAUGGAAGGGAAGCCCUGUGAAGAUGGUGAAAGCCGAUAGAAGACUGCCGAGAAAGCGUCGAUGGCGGAAGAUAUGCAACCCCUGCUGCAAAUUCUGAGCACUAACAUUUGCGGCUAACAGAGUAAAUUAUAUCAAAUUGUGUGACAUGCAGAAGAUUUUGAUUUGCCAUGAUAUCAUGGAAUGCAUGUGAUAAUGAUAACAAUUCCUUAUGCCAUAUCAUACUGAUGAGUAAAAUGACUCAAUAGUCAAGUUUAUUUUUUGAGAUAAUGACAACUCAAAUCUUUUAUCUACAAGAUGUGGAUUUGAGUUGGGAAGAUUG